AGCUGCCUGUGCCCGGUUCUAAGGAAGGAAGGAGUGGUAAGAGGGAAAAUGCAGACGGAGGAGGAGACGGCCACCGCUGAAGAGCCCAUUUUGGAGGACGGGUCAGGACGAGAGCAGCAGCGGCCAGUCCAGCAGUCUCUGGCCUCCUCCCUGUGUCGGGAGUCCCAUUGGAAGUGCCUCCUCCUGACCCUCCUCAUGUACGGCUGCUUUGCCACGCUCGCCUGGUGCGCCCUCUGUCGCGUUCCCGUUCUCGGCUCCUCCUCCAUAUCUCUCGGUGCUGACGACGAUGCCACCUCGGCCGCCUACUAUAAUGACAUCCUGCACCUGGAGAGUCCGUGCUCCAGCGGCUACGUCUACAUCCCCCUGGCCUUCCUGGCGAUGCUGUAUGUGGUUUACUUGGUGGAGUGUUGGCACUGCUUCUCCAAGACGGCCAUGUUGGCUCAUGCUGAAUUCCAGGAAGUGUACGAGCGUGUGCAGAGACUGCAGCAGGCCACGCCCUGCAUCUGGUGGAAGGCCAUCAGCUAUCACUACGUGAGGAGGACCAGACAGGUGACGAGGUACCGCAACGGAGACGCAUAUACGACCACACAGGUGUACCAUGAGCGGGUGAACACUCACGCCUCCAGUUCAGAGUUUGACUACGGCCGCUACGGUGUCAAAGACGUAUCAAAGGAGCUGCUGGACCUGCAGCUGCACCCUGCUGUUCGCCUCCGCUUCACCAAGUGUUUCAGCUUCUCCAGUGCACGUGCUGAAGCUGCCUACCUCACCCAGCGAGCACGCUUCUUCGGGGAGAACGAGGGUCUGGACGACUACAUGGAGGCCAGGGAAGGAAUGCACCUGAAGAACGUGGAUUUCCGUGAACACAUCCUGGCGUUCCCAGAUCCUACUCACCAGCCCUGGUUCUCUCGGCACCGGGUGUUCUGGCUGGCUUCUGCUUUCCUCGUGUCGUGGCCGCUGCGCGUUGUGUCGGAAUAUCGCACAGCGUAUGUCCAUUACCAUGUGGAGAAGCUGUUCGGGGAGGACGAGGAUGGAGGAAGAGGGGAUGGGGUUGAAGGAGGGACUGAGAAUGGAAUCCACCCCGGAGUCAAUGGGACGAGUUACAGAGCCAUCUCUCGGGUCAACACGGUGGACAUGACAGAAUUGGAGUGGCACAUCCGCUGUAACCAACAGAUGGUCCCGAGCUACUCUGAAGCCCUCCUUAUGGACAUGGACAUGAGCGGGGGGACAAACCCAACCGCCUCUACGCCCAUCUCCGGGCCUACAAGUUCCACCCCGCCUCCUCUAGCUCUGCCUGUCGUGUUCAACUCGGCUUACCUCCUGCAGAGCUGCCCCCGCUGUCGCAGAACCACUUCCAGUUCCAGUCUUCCCUCUAGGCUGAGGGCCCCCAUGGGAACCACAGCCCUCCUGAACGCUACCGUGGCGGGUAUCAGGGCAGCGGGGCAGGGAGGCGGAGGUAUCGGAGGAAGGUUGGUGCUCAGUCGGAGCGGAUUCUCUCUAGGGAGACUUGCAGGAGGCCGCCAGAACAGCCUGUUUCAUUCAAGAAGCAUGGGCGGAGGACUAGGAGGGAGUAGGGAAGAUGGAGGUGGGGGAGGAGGAGGUGGAGGUGGAGGAUUCCUUGGUUUAGGUUCAAGACAGGACAACGAGGAGACCAGAGGAGUGCUCGAAGGAGAAGGGGAUGACGACGAGGAGGAGGAAGAGGAGGAGGAGCAGCAGCAGCAGCAGCAGCAGGAGGAAGAGGCGGUGGUGAUGAGAAGGGAACAGGGAAGAGGAGGCAGAGAGAGGGAUGAUGAAGCAGAGCAAGACAGUGCAGGGGGAGGCGAGGUGAGGGAGGGCGAUGGGGGAGGGAGGGAGCGUCCUCCAUCCUAUCAGGACGCAUUCUUCUUUCCCGUCCUCAUUAUACACGGAGAGGAGAGCUGCCAUGGUGGAGACGACAUGUGACGAUCAAAAAAACAGACACAUUAAGAGCAAGAAAGUCUGUGCAGGGGCCGAGUGAGAUGAAAGAACGCGCUGAACACAAAGAAAAGACUGGAUCUGAGAGAAUGAGGGAAAUUAGAUAUGACAGAAUGAAUGAAAUGAGAACAGAAUGAGGUUGAAUGGAAAGAGUUGGUUGACGGCAUAACAACCACAGAAAGAUGAAAGGAUUCAGUCAGAACAAAGAAUUUAAGAGAUAAGAACAGAUGUACGAGCGAAUUACCGAGGGGAGAGAGGAGAGAGGAGAGAGGUGGUGAUGGAUAGACAUAUGGUUGAGAAUGUACUGUAAGAAGGGAGGAAACACCGGUUCAGAAGGAGAGGAGAUCUGAUAGGGAGUGCAUCAGUGAGAUAAUGUGGAGUCUGAUGAUACGCUCACACCAAACGUGAAGUGAAGUUAUCAUUCGUCGUGAAUAUGCAAAGUUGGAAUUAUUCAACUCGACAAGAGAAAUUUGCACCAAAGUCUAUCAGCGUUAACAAUGUUAACAUAUCUCUGAUCGAUCCAAACUCCAUUCAGAAAACCAGUAUUUUAAAAGUAGUUUGCUUGUCGCCAUGCGGACAAAACUUGAGCCACAAAUCGGCAUCAUGAUGUCGUUGUUUCGGCAUCUUUUUUUUAUCCUUUCUCUAAUUAUGUCGCAGCACAAUCUGUAUAUUUUGGGUUCAUACCGCUGCAGUAAACCAGAUUCAUUCACACAUUCGAAUAAACACAGAUGAUCCCGCUCUAAAACACGCUUGAGUAACGCAAGCCGAAUAUUUGUAACGCGUUUGGUGUGAACGCAGCAUUUUGGAAAUCUUUGGAAUUGUAGACCAAGAUU